UUUACCGGCUAAAACUUCUCUCUCCUCUAUUUUGUUUUUUAUUUUCACAAAAUCCAAACAAACCCAUUAUAUUCUCGUCUUUUGAUUCCUUUUUCUGUUCUGUCCCUCGUAAAUCCUUGGAGAAAUUGCAAUAAUAAGGGGCGAAAUUGAUUGCUCUAUGCAAAUGUGAUGCUUUAUUUUUCUUCAAAGUUUGGAUCUUUUUAUCAUAAUCAAUGAGGACGCUGGGAUCUUUUCUUGGGAAGGAGGGAAGAAAAUACAUCAAGAGGAAGGACAGCGAUGCUGGGGAACAAGGCCGUGCUCUGGAAGAACUGCGAAGUUCUCUGUACAAUGACUUUCACACUUCAGAUGGAGCAAAACGCCAACAGCAAAGAGUAUGUGGACCAGUCGUGGCAUUAACCUUCAAUUUUGUUGUUUCCGUUGGAAUAAUCAUGGCAAAUAAACUGGUGAUGGGCCAGGUUGGGUUCAACUUCCCAAUUGCUCUUUCACUAAUUCACUAUGCAACUGCUUGGAUUCUGAUGGCCAUUUUCAAGGCACUCUCCAUGCUUCCAGCUUCCCCUCCUUCUAAAUCUACACCCUUCUCUUCUUUAUUCCUCUUGGGUGCUGUCAUGUCGUUUUCCACUGGACUUGCCAAUAUCAGCUUAAAGCAUAACAGUGUAGGUUUCUAUCAGAUGGCUAAGAUAGCUGUUACCCCAACAAUUGCUCUAGCUGAAUUUAUUCUCUUCAAGAAAAAGGUGCCUCCCAGUAAGGUUCUUGCACUCACUGUGGUAUCAGUAGGCGUGGCAAUUGCAACUGUCACCGAUCUUGAGUUCAACUUUUUUGGUGCAUGUGUAGCAUUGGCAUGGAUCGUUCCUAGCGCUAUAAACAAAAUCUUAUGGUCUAACCUACAACAAACUGGCAGUUGGACAGCUCUCGCGUUAAUGUGGAAAACCACCCCAGUUACUGUUCUCUUCUUCAUGGGCCUGAUGCCUUUACUAGACCCACCUGGUGUACUACUGUUUGAUUGGAGUUUUAACAAUACAGCAGCUAUCUUUGUAUCGGCUAUAUUUGGGUUUUUCCUUCAGUGGUCUGGUGCUUUGGCAUUAGGCGCCACAUCUGCAACCUCCCACGUCGUUCUGGGCCAAUUCAAGACAUGCAUUAUAAUGCUUGGGGGAUACAUUUUCUUCAGCUCUGAUCCAGGAUCCAUUAGUCUUUGCGGAGCUGCAAUGGCUCUCGGAGGGAUGUCAUUCUAUACUUACCUCAACUUAAAGAGGUCCCAAGAUUCAAUUGCAGGAAGCAAUCAGAACUCACUUCCUCCGAAACCCAAAACCGUUGUAGAUAGCGAGAAGUCAGAUGGUAGUUUUGCUGGAAAUUCUGCAUGAAAGAGCUAACGUCCUGACGAGCCAAAAAGUGUUUGCA